AGUUCUUCUUUCAGAACGUCAGUGUAAUGCUCCUUGCUCCCCGGUGACUAAGAGUGGCCGAGGCUUGUGGGUGUAGCCAGCGCUUAAAUAGCAGGCCUGGUUGUCCUGGGGCGAGAGCAGACACCUGGCUGGGACACGGGACAGCAGCAUGGCCGGCCUGCAGACCCCGCUCCUGGCGGCCCUCCUGCUCCUUGCUCUGGCUGUCCAUGCAACCGAAGCAGGUCCUUACGGAGCCAAUGUGGAGGACAGCGUCUGCUGCCGCGACCACAUCCGCCACCAGCUGCCCCACCGCCUGGUGAAGGAUUACUACUGGACUUCAGACUCCUGCCGCAAGCCCGGCGUCGUCCUGGUAACCCUCAAGAACCGGGAGAUCUGCGCUGACCCCAGGGUGCCCUGGGUGAAGAAGAUUCUCCAGAAGCUGGACUCCUGAGGAAGGAUCCUGCCCUGGGCUCCUCCGGGAAGGCUCACGGAGCCCAACUUUCCUGCCAUGACAGCUGCUCCCCAGCCAGGGACUCUGUACUCCCCCAUCUCCAUCCCUGCUCUCAUCUCCCCCUCUUACUCCUCCUUCCCAGCCUCUGCUCCGCUGAAGCCAGCGGGUCCGAAAUUCCCGUCAAAACCCUUCCGUGGCUCCCCAGUGCCCUAGGCUGAGGUCCCAGUGCCCGGGCUUGGCACCAGGCCCUCUGGAUCUGGGUUGCAUCUGUCUCCAGCCCCAUCCCAUCUCCCUUCAUGCACGUUGGAUCCCAAGCCCACGCCAAUGACAUUUCUACUUCCCGGCCUUGGCCUGUGCUGCUCCUGACGCCCAGAGUGACUCCCAUGCCCGCACAGCCCCCCAGCCCAAGGCGUCGCCCAGCCUGAGCAGCCAGUAACUGAGUUUCAUUUUUUUCUUUUUUUUGAUGUUUAGGUUGGCAGAGUCCGUGUCCACUUCCUGCAAAUGAGUUCUAAGUGACUCACUCUUUCUAAGUAGUCCGUUUCAUUUUUUAAGACUCCCACUGGCCCUCUGCCCUCCUUAACAGCCCUGGUGACCGUCUGCCCAGGAUCCUCGGGAUUGGAAAGUGUCCUCCAGAUCCACACCCGAGUCCCUCUGGCUCCUGGCCACCAGGACAGAGCACAGGGCCUGGCUCAGAACCAGGGCCCACAAGUGGCUGCAGACGGACGCCAUAAAAGGAAGGUCCUUCUCCCGUCCUCUAUAGAGGCCCUCACACAUCCCUGCCGAGGCUGCAGGUCCUCUCGGGA